UGAAAAGUGUUUUUUUCUUCAACAGAGCAGGCCCCUUAAGUAAAUGUUUGUGCAGUGGAGCUCUGUAGGUCUUCAGUGAAUUUUGUCACCAUCCAGUAUAUCUUAACAGUAAAUAGUUCAUUUUAGUUGGUCCCGUCAGUUUACAAUAGACAAUAGUCAAAGAAGCUCUCAUGUAAUAACAUGUAAAUUAAGUGCAAAUUCUGAAUUUUGUGGAAUCUGUCCUUGUAGGCAGUAAAGGAACAGGUUUCAUUGCAUGGCGAAAGGUAAAGAAAUGAAGCACAAGGUUUCGACUGAGGAGCCUUCAUCAGGUGUAACAGAGAGAGAGGGGAACUAGCAGAUAAAUAAGGCAGAGAAGAAAAGACAGAGUAGUUAAGUAGGGGCGGUUGUGAAGCAGGUGUAUUUGACAGGAGCAAUGCUCAGCAUCAAUCCCCUGGAGAAUCUGAAGACCUACAUCAGUAGCCGGCCUCCACUGGUCAUUUUUAUGGUCAGUGUAAGUGCUGUGGCCAUUGCCUUCCUCACUAUCGGCUACUUCUUCAAAAUUAAGGAGAUCAAAUCCCCAGAGAUGACUGAGGACUGGAACACCUUCCUGCUGCGCUUCAACGAGCUGGAUUUCUGUAUCUCGGAGAACGAGACCCUGAAGCAUGGGCUGAAUGAGUCGACUACGCCGGAGAGCACCGUGACCAGCGGCCAGGCCCGGCUCAACACUCAGGCCCCCCCCCUGCUGGAGGACUCGGGUCCCAUCAACAUCUCUGUCCCCAUCACCCUCACGCUUGACCCCCUGCGCCCGUUCGGGGGUUACUCCCGCAACAUCACCCAUCUCUACGCCACAGUGCUGGGCCAGCAGGUCGGCCUUUCAGGCAGGGAAGCCCAUGAAGAGAUGAACAUCACCUUCACCCUUCCUGCGUCCUGGAAUUCGGAUGACUGCGUUCUGCAUGGGCACUGUGAGCAGAUGGUGUUCAUCAGCUGCAUGACCAUCACAGCAGCCAGCAACGUCUUCCCAGUCACAGUGCAGCCACCACACUGUGUUCCUGAGACCUACACCAAUGCCACAUCCUGGUACAAGAUCUUCACCACAGCCAGAGACUCCAACACCAAAUACUCGCAGGACUACAACCCCUUCUGGUGUUACAAAGGAGCUGUGGGCAAGGUGUAUCAUGCUUUAAACCCCAAGCUCACUGUCAUUGUCCCAGACGAUGAUCGCUCGCUGAUAAACCUGCAUCUCAUGCACACCAGUUACUUCCUGUUCGUGAUGGUGAUCACGAUGUUCUGCUAUGCAGUCAUCAAAGGCCGGCCAGGAAAAUUACGUCCGAAUAGUGCAGACUUCUGCCCUGAAAAGGUGGCUCUGUCUGAAGGAUAAGAAGUAUUGGAAAUCUGAAAUGAGAAUGAACCUUAAAAAGAAAAAUAAUUAAAAAAAACUGAUAACUGAUUUUACUAGUUGCCUACUGAACCCAGACAAGGGUGAAAAGCUCUGUGAAUGCAUUUUUCUGCAACGUUGGGUUACUCCAACCAAAGACAUUUUAAGUGCCUGUAUCUACUGUGUAAAUAUUUGUAGGGUUCUUUAAUUCAAUGCAGAAGUUGUCAGCUGGUGCGCCGGUGCCAUCUUUGAUGAAGCCUGACUUGACGUUGGACAGCUGUGGAUAUUCCAGAGGUGGUGAAUGGGAAUUGCACUUCUACAUACUUCUCUUCUUUUUUAAUUGUUGUUGUCUAAAGAAACUGAGCCCUGGGAAACUGAAGAAUGCAUCCUGAAAAAAAAUCUGGGACAGUUCUGCCCUUGCCUGAUACUGAAGUUGUGCAAUGUGAAUAUCAGGAUUUGGGUUUCUCCACGACAACAUUAUCCAAGUUUAUCCCACAGCAGCCUUUGGGUUAGAAUUAAUAUUUACAUUUUCUUUUUUUAAAGUCCUCAAACAGGAGUUUUCUGCUGUUUAAUCAUGUGAAGAUCCUUGCUCCCUGAUCCUAUGAAGCUGCUCUGUGGAUCAAACCGGAGCUGCAAUGUUUGCUAACAGACUAGGCCUCACCCAGACAGUCUGAGUUAAGCAUCCCCACCAUGCAGCUAAAUGCUACAAGCCUUCUGACAGACUUAUAAAUCAAUUCAGCAUGGAUAUCCAAACACUUCUGAACGUCUCUGAAAAAGACUGCCUGCUGAAUUCUUCCCAUUCGUGAGAUGGGCUCAAGUCCUCCUUAUAGCAAAGAAGACACAAACCUAAUUUUGAUCUAUGUUGGUUUGAUAAAAAAGUCCAUAUCUUUGAGAGCUUGACCUAGAAGACCAUUUAUUUUAAUUUGAAUUCCCCAUACACAUACAAACUGUGCUGUAAAUUGUUCUUAACCUCCUGGUGCUUCCAUAAAAUAGUUGUGUACUGUGCAAAGAUGCUUGUAUGGUGCCACUUCCAUAGGCAGGUUGAAAGUAUAACAUUGGUAACUUUUUUCGUAAUAAGGUUUUGCAUUAACUGUCUAGCCUGCAAGGGACUGUUGGCUUAUCGCUUGGUUCCAUUAAGGAAAUCAUUUUUUACAAAUCCAAAUAUGACUUCAACACUGAUCUAAAUUUUAAACGGGUUGCUGCGUUUGAUUCCAAGAAGGUGACAUAUUACAGCAAAAACAAGUUUGAUUGAAUGUACUAUUCUGAGGUAGUAGCUGCAGAUGAUUGACACAAGCUCUUAAAGAGAAAAUGUGAGAAUCCAGUGUAUGUGUGUCGGUUCCAGUUUAAAAUAUUCUAAAUUUAAUAUUUUGAGUGAAACAUUAUACUUGUCCUCAAUGUAGACCUUUGUGUUUUUUCAUAUUUGAGCUUUCUUAAACUCUUAAACUCUUAAGAAUGCUGCCUGUCAUUCUUUUGAUGUCUCUUGCUUCUCCAUAGUUUCCAGAAUUAGUUAACUAAACGCCCUUUUUUUCCAAAACUUUCUUAUCCUCAUCAGACUAUUUACUUACCUUUUAUUUCUGUUAACAAUAUAAUAAUAUGGAAGUAAUUCUGUCAUUUUGUCCAGCUGUGAUACGACAUUACUUUUAGAACUUACGUUAGGAACUUGAGACCUUGUUAGCUAAUACAACAAUCUUCUCUUGAGAAACUGGCACAGCUGCCCUGCUCUGCUCACUCCUGUGAGAUGGUGUUACCCACCUGCUAGAUAUUUUUAUAUUUGCCCCCUCGCUUCUGUCAUCUGUAUUUUAAUGAAUGCUUUUGAGUGAAACUGUUAGUACAUUGGAAACUGACAUUUUUGUGUAUGUCCCUAGGACAGGUGUCGAAGGGAGUAGUAUAACACUACCUAACCAGCGUGCCUCAGUCUUCCUCCACCUGGAGACUGUAUUUUUGACUCUUUGCCUUUUGUCUUGAAAGUAAGAUGUUUUUUUUUUAUUACACAGUCAAAUGUGUCAGAACAGUUAAAUUGAGUUUCCUCAUUAGAGGACUGUCUUGGUUUAAAAUAUGUGUAUCAUUUUUGUCUGUAUUGUCUUCUAUUUGAUUUACAUUUAUUGCAGUCCUCACAGUCAGCAAUUUUUAGCUGUAAAGGUGGUUUUAUCAGAAACAGUAUAGGCACUUCAGAUGAAUUAUUUUUUUUCUGCACAAUCCCUUAAUGGACUGUGGUAGUUUUUACUCUUAAGACAUGACUGAGUGUAAUUUUUAAAGCAAACAUCUCUUGUGUUGUGCUAUAUACCAUAUAAUUGAAGAUGGUGAUUUCUUUUCAAAAUUAAGUUUUGGGGCAGAUUCUUCUUUCCAUGUUAGGUUUGGCUUUUAGCUUGCUAGACCUUUACCUCCUGCAAUUUAGAGCCUUACAUCGGUUAAGAAAUCCAGACUAAUCUAAUAGGUUGUGACAAGACAUCCCAGACACAUUAAUUUACAUUUCUAGAAUCUGCAGUUCUCGGAGAGUUCUGCUUCUGUUGCUGGCAGAAUUUCAUUUGCUUGCGAUUGCUGUACGUUUGAGUGAGGAUCCAGGGCUGGUGCUUGAAGUUUUUGCACCAGAUUUGGGUAUGAUUUUAAAGAGGGGUGUCAAACUGGAGGGCCUCAGCGUCUGAUAACUUUGUUGUACUUAGUUGCUUAAUUAAUGUUAAGUUUUUAGGAUGUGUAUAUAUAUUUAUUUUAACAGUUGAUUACAAUGCAUUUGAUUUAAUUUUCAGUAUCAGUAUCCUUAGAACCUGAAACAGCACUAUUAUACCUAUUAAGUUUAUUACAUAAUUGGCCUCAAACCCAGACUCUCAACCCCCAUCCCCAUGUUUUAAAACGUAAAUAAAACUUUGUGCUGGAACGGCUGUUUAAGACCAACAAACAAGUUGGCUGUGAUAGUUUGUCAAACAGGUCAUGUAAGGAAAUUACCAUAAAACAAGGUGUUGGAAGUUUUAACUUCUCUUUCAAGAGACCGUUGAUGAGAUGUGGGCAGAAGUUGUAUCAUUUAUUCAUGAAGUUGUGAAUUGAGUGUUGCAGUUCCUUCAUUUUAUUAAAACAAAAAUGAUGUAUUCCUUUAAAGUUGUACCAAGCUUUUAAGUCUAAUUGUUCAAAGAGUGCCAUCAGGAACCUGGCAUUUGUCAUUGCUUUGUUUGGGAACCAGCUGGGGUGCUGGUUUGUGCACCCUACAGCUGAGAAGCUCCAAUGCCUUGCACGCUAAACAGCAAUGUUCUGGCCUUGUAAAUAGCCCUUUAGUUUGAAAAGUGUUUGCAAGUCAGAGAAGCUGACCGAAUAUCUUCCUCAAUAAAACAUUAAUUAUCCAAUGUGAGAGAAAUGCCUCCUUUUGUUUACCUGCUUCAAGUGUAUUUAUAAAAAACAUUUCUCUACUACAUGAAAUUGGAUAAACCCGUGGUUCCAGAGUGCAAUAUGAAAGCUGAACUUUUUGUGGGUACUUUAGUAAUUACAGUAGCUCCACAAAUGGGCAAAAUGUUUGAAGAUGCAAAAUUCUACAUUGCGUAAAGCUGGGCUGCUUUUUGGAUGGUGUACAAGAUCACAAUAACUGCAAAAAUUAAAAAAUAAUAGCAGCUUUUUAAAUUUGUAUGUUUUUUUCCACUUAAUCUCAUGCUUUAUAUACAAAGGUGGACAAGGUUUCUUCGAUAGAAACUGCAAUUUAAUAUUUGUUUGCUUGGAUUUGAUGACAUGGGUGCCUGAUUCUCUUAAAGAUUUUUAUUACAUCAGUUUUAGUUCAGAAGUUUCAACUUCAGCAAAUGAACUUUUAAUGGAAUGUUUCUUACAUAGAUCUUCAUUUUAUAUCCUUUCUCUUUUCCUCCUCGGAAUACACAUUGCAAUCAAUCCAGCUCCAGGCUGCAGGAGACAGGUCUGUAAUUGAUAGUAAUAGGCAAUAGCUAACACUUUCAUUCUUUGUCACAGCUUCUAAUUAUACAAUGUCAAGAAUACCUUAUAGAGACGCUGUUUGCUUUCAUUAUUCAGAUGAGUGAAUAUGUUCUCAUUAUCCAGUAACAUAAACUUAUGCAGAAUGACCAUAAGAUGGAGAAAACCUAUUACAAAACAUACCUAGUCACUGGUGUUCAAUAAGUGGAUAGGACAUUUUGAAACCACAGUACAUGCUGUCUUAACUGGGACAAUUUAAGAAAAAUGCUAGUCUCUUUCUAUUAUUACCACUCAUUCCUGAUUUAAAAGCACCUUUAAAAUUUAAACUUUAAUGCAAAUUCAGUGCAUUCAAAUGCAAUACAUUUUUCCUCUAAAUCUUUUGGUCACUUUUUUUUCUUCUGUUCUCAGUUUUCCCCCAUCGUUCCCACUCCCCAAAAUCCACAUUUCUUUUCAUUGUCGCCCAAGUAUAGUACUGUGUGCUCUGUCCAGCUCUCCAGUACUGCCUGUUUUCCAUAUGUGAACAAUCAAAACAAUACUUAAUCAGCCUGACAUGAUGAUCACUCAGUUAUCCCAGGAUAAGAUAAGAGCGGGGUUUUGUACAGGAGAGCAUUGAGUGUUUCAUUUAAAGGUGGUGUUGAUAAAAAAACAAAACCUAAUGAGUAGUGGAGACAUUAAAAUAGACGACCCGUAUGGAUGUGUUGACCUUCUCCUGUUUGCAUCAGCUCUGUCUGCUCAAGCAGUAAACAGCUUGAAAGCGAGAGUUUGACAUCUAGAGAGGUGCUGUAAACAUUAGGAGCUAAACACGACUCAUUUCUAAGUCUGCAAACCUAGUUUACCACUAGCAGCCCACAAUGUGAUUCUUGAUUCCACAGGGCUGUCAUUUCAGUUUUUCCACCCUACAAGAUUUGUUGAAUGUGAAGUAUGAUUUCUGACAGCAAGAUCGUUCGGUGUUACAUAAGUCAAAAUGAUUCUAAAUAACGUAAAUCUUGGCAUGCAGCUCACAUUCAGAUCACAUUGAUCUUUUAUUUUUCUAUUUUAGUUUGAUUUGAAUAUUUGGUGUAAAUGCUGUUUCACCAUUGAAGGGUGUGAUGGGUCGGGUGUGUUUUGCUGUGUUUAUUUAGGGGAGGCCUGACCUGUGUUCUUUAAAUUAAUCCAGACAGGCAGAGGAAGAAGGAGUGCGAGAGAGAGAGCUCUGUCAUAGUUGCUGUUUCACUUGUCUUGUUGCAUGAUUGUAAAUGUUAAUAACAGCUGAUCUGUUCCAAUAAUGACAAUCUCUCGCCGAUUGGGUUUCUGUGCAGUUUGUAAAAUGUGCAUAUGCUUUGCUGAAUAAAAAAAUAUAGAUAUUCA